AUGUCACGUAAAGGAAGAAAUAGCUGUGGUACUCGAGGCAAACGUGGUAGUGGAAGAGGAGGAGGUCGUCGUGGUGGUGGAAGAGGCGGCCGCAGACAGUUGAUCCCCACAUCGAUCGGCUUUGUCUAUCCUUUACAAUCAAACGUUGAUGAUUUUGAUGAUGACUUUCGAGUUUAUGGUCAAUUUAGUAGUGAUGAAGGAUCAACCGACUCCGUUAACGCUGAGCGUAACAAUCGAGUGAUUGCAAACAAGAAACGGUCCAAGAAGACACAAAGAAAGAAUCAAAAGACUUAUGGAGAUAGAUUUGCUACUGAUGACAAUGCAUUCACAUCAGAUAGCCUUGCAACGUCUUCCUCUUUUCCUGCAUCCUAUAAAAUGCGGCAGGGUAGGGAUGAUCGAUCGCUAGACCGUAGAGGCGGGAAACCAACAACAAUAAGCAAACAAGUUGUCUUUAUCAAAUCAGCCACCACAUUGCAAGAAGAAAUAGACCAGAAAAGUGAGAAUAAUGAGGAUGUCGAAGCUUCAAAGAAAGAAGAAGACAGUGCUUUAUCUGCGGAUUCGAAAUUGACAGCAGCUGAUAGUACAAGAAUGGCCGAUGUAAUCGAUUAUGAAACUUUAGUUUAUGAGGAAGAGGCAUUGACUGCUAUUCCUGUCAAACAACAUACAUCAACGGGGAAUAAUCCCUAUAACCCUGUUAGAAAGGAGGGAAAACAAAAAGUGUCAUUGAAAAAUAGUACUAAGAGCGAAUCAUCAGGUAGUUCUGAUGAUUUUGAGAUUGACGAAGAUAUACAGGAGGAACUAUAUGACUUUGAAGAUUUUGAUGACGAUACAGAGGAUGAAGAUGGGCUGUUGGAUGAUGACCUGGCUAUUAUGUGUGACUAUUUGGAGAAUAUCGAACUUGAUGAGGAUGAAAUUUUAGAUUAUAAGGCGAAAUUUGGACUUUCAAUGGCCAACAACAAUUACAAUUCAGAUGGCACUUCGUUAUCUGAGAAGGACAUUUAUAAUUAUCUGCAGCGACAUGGCAAGUUAGAAAUGAAUGCUUCGUCUGAUGACACUGAUGAACAGGGAACUUCAGAAACUUCCUCGGAUGGAGAUGAAGAAGAUACAACCGAUGAAGAACGUCAUAUUAUUAGACAGGAGACGAGUCGUCGACAAAAGAAGAAAAUGAAAAAAAUACAGAAUUCUUCUAUCGAGCAAAAACCUCUUAGUGGUAAUAGUAGCGGUCAACGUAGAGCGAAAGAUUUGAGGAACGUCAUAGUUGAUCCCGAGAUUUUUGGCCAAACUCUGCAACAAGCCCUAGCGGAUGUUCCACCCAGUUUAAGAGGCGGUAUGCAACGUUGGUGUCAAAAACAGCAGCAAGAGUCCAAUAGAAAAGCUAAACGUAGAGAAGAAUUCAUAGCAAAGCAACAAGAGCUUAUGAAUAACGGUAAAGGCAAACGAAGAGGGAAGAAAAAUGGCACUUUACAAUCGUUUGCAGACACUCGACUGGAUCGAAUCGAUCAACGCAUUCGUCAAUUUAUCGAAGACGAUAGUAUCUCCAGUUACCAAUUUGCACCUAUGCCAGCAUUUUUGAGAAAGCAAGUACAUGUUUUGGCUGAAGCCUAUAAUCUAAAAUCAUACAGCGAAGGAAAAGGUGACACUCGCUUUACUAUCAUUACAAAGACCAAACGAACAACUAUACCCGAUGAUGAUCGCUUUUUACAAGACUACAUUAGAAAUAUGCAAUAUAACGUUGAUGAUCAACAGAGGUUGAGAAAUAAAAAGCAUUCUCAGCAGCGAAAUCAGCAGUAUAUGACAAAAAAGCAAAAGAAGCAGCUCAAAGCAUUACAGUUGCAAGAGGAGAAGCGACAGCAGAAAUCACAACGAGAGAAUACCAAUGGAAAUCAUUCGAGCAACGCUUCGGGAAACCGAAGCGCCUUAAUGAAACCGGGUACAAUUGUUGCUGCAGACGCUGCACCAUUAAAAGAGGAUAACGUCGGUCACCGUAUGCUUGCACUCAUGGGAUGGAAGCAUGGUGAAUCCUUAGGCGUAAAAAAAGAUGGUAUUGUGGCUCCUAUUGAAGCAAUAAUUCGCCGCAAAAAUCAAGGCUUGGGUUUUGAUAGUAAUACGACUGGUUAACGUUCCGACAGCCUUCCCUGAAAAUGACGAUCGUUCACUUCGUUUAACUCGCGUUUCGUUCUUAUUAUACCUUUUUCAUAUUUCCUUCAUUCCAGAGUCGCUAGCUUUUCUUGCUUAUGGAGUAAAUUGUAUUUGUUAAAGAAGCUGCUUCUGUUUAUUUAGCAGUUCAGUAUUACAAAAAUUAAAUUGUUGCCUUGUGUUCGACUAAAGAGUAGUAACAUAUAAAAGCAGAACGGAAAAGGGUGCUCAUUGUGCUAUAUAGUAGAAUAUUAUAGAGCUUUUCAUUAUCACAACAUAGUCAUACUUGCUGCAAUUUUUUUUUUUUUUUUUUUU